AUGGGAGAACGCUCUAACCUUUCCACAGAUCGAGUUCGUUCGCAAGCACUGGCAGAGCGGUCUCCAAGCUACCGGAACAGCCCCAAGCCAGCGACUAUUCAUCCCACAUACAAAGAUAGCAAUCUAUCAACACUCCACGAAACUGGCGGGUUGAGCAAGCGAGAUGGGCGUGGAUCACCGUCUGGAUCCUCAGCCAGCAGGCGAAGACAGGGCGGGACAACAGGCAGCAAUGGAGGCAUCAACGGUGGUACAGCAGACGGAGGAUACUUCGACAGCGCCGAGGAAGCCACGAGAAACAACGCUGCAGACUCAACAGCUCAGGCUGCACCGCCUCCCGCCCCGCCUCCGCAUAAGUCCGAAGAUGCGAGCGCUGGAGAUUCCGCCAUAGCGUCCGAAGGAGACGACAACGGCAAACCACCAAUGACCAAACGCAUGGUCGCAGGCAUGAAGCGAUUCGUGAAGCACAUGAAGAACGCCAUCUUCCACAGCUGGGUCAACGUCUUGCUGGUCUUCGUGCCGAUUGGCAUAGUAGUGGAGGCGCUCAAAUUGAGCCCAGGCAUCAUCUUCGGCAUGAAUGCCAUCGCCAUCAUUCCUCUUGCUGGGCUAUUGAGCUUCGCUACCGAAAGCGUGGCCGCCAGGCUGGGUGAUACGCUGGGCGCUUUGUUGAACGUGUCUUUUGGCAAUGCGGUGGAGCUCAUCAUCUUCAUCAUCGCGCUCGUCAAGAACGAAAUCGCCAUCGUUCAAGCAUCGCUACUUGGCUCCAUCUUGGCGAACCUCUUGCUCAUUCUCGGCAUGGCUUUUCUGUUUGGCGGCCUCCGUUUCCGAGAGCAAGUGUACAACAGCACCGUCACGCAGAUGAGUGCUUGUCUUCUCAGCUUGAGUGUCAUGAGCUUGCUACUGCCGACUGCAUUCUACCAAUCAUUCAAGAGGUCCAACGCGGACCUGGCGGACAGGCAGGUCUUGAAAGUCAGCCGCGGCACCAGCGUCGUGCUCCUCCUGGUCUACAUCCUCUACUUGCUCUUCCAGCUCAAGUCUCAUGCCUACAUGUAUGAGAGCACGCCACAAGAGGUGAUCGAUGAGGAGUCACACCCUGGAGUUCUCGCCGACAUCAUGAACUCGUCAUCGUCUUCGUCAUCCGACGAUUCUUCAUCCUCCGACAGCACGGAUUCUGACACUUCCGGUUCUGGAUCCAUCGCUAAUGCCGGCAAGAAAAUCAAGCGGGUGUUCAAGAAUCGACGUCGUCGCAAGUCGAGUGCUAGCAGCAUUACUGGUUCUGGCAAGAACUCAGCUCUCAGCUCUCCAUCAAUUGUUGCGGAGAACGGAAACGGCUACUUGGAAAGCAAUGCAAACGCCACUCAACACACAAGCAACCCGUCAACGCUGACCCCUGUCUUUGGCGGCGAUGAAGCGGACGCUGACCAAGAAGACAAUGCCAACGGCCCCCGCAUCAGGGACUUUGGUGGCGAGCAGCAGAACUCGCUCGCGGAGAGCUCUUCUAAGUCUCCGGAGCGUAAGAAGCCGCGCAAGAAGCAUCACAAGAAGCACCACAAAAAGCGCCACCAAGAUCCAAAGCCGGAGGAGAACGAGAAGGUUACUGGGAUGGAAAACACGAUUUUGGAUGGUCCAACUGUCGAGACUCCCAUGCGCGAAGAGGAGACGAAGGAAGUUGGCUUCGCAGAUCAAGUCGAUGUCAUCGGCAAUCCGAUCUCGGGGAUUGCGCCGACGAAGUCGUCGUUUAACAUGCGACAGCUCUCGUCUCGCGCUAAUCUGCCGCGUCCGGCUCUACCCAAGAUGCUGUCCAACAACGUCUUCGUCACCCCAGCGCCUGCGCUCAGCCAGUCGCCGCGUCCUUCCAGGCAGCCUCGCUCUCAGUCCAGCGGUGGGGGCCGUCUCCGCCGCACAAGCUCGCUCCCAGACCGCCUGAACAGGCCGGUACCAGACGCUUCUACUCGCACUCCGCCUAUGUCGACAGUCCUCUCACGCACCGACCCCUUGCCGCCUUACCAGCAUCAGCGCUCGCAGCUGCGUAAAGUGCUUUCCGAGAACGCUGAGCAGCCGGGUGGCGAAGCUGGAGGAGAAGCGCCCGCGAUGUCUCGCACUGCCGCCGUCGUCCUGCUGCUCUGCUCCACCGGCCUUGUCGCCAUUUGCGCUGAGUUCAUGGUCGAUGCCAUUCCCGAGAUGAUUCAGGACAGCUCCACAAUCAGCCAGGCCUUCAUCGGGUUGAUCAUCCUUCCCAUUGUCGGCAACGCCGCGGAGCAUGUUACGGCGGUCACAGUCGCCACGAAGAACAAGAUGGAUCUCGCAAUCGGCGUUGCGGUUGGCUCCAGCAUCCAGAUUGCACUGUUCGUGACACCAGUCGUCGUCCUGCUUGGCUGGAUCUUGGACACUGAUAUGAGCCUCUACUUUAACAUCUUCGAGACCAUCAGCUUGUUCGUCACGGCGUUCGUGGUCAACUUCCUAGUUCUUGAUGGGCGGAGCAAUUAUCUGGAAGGCAGCCUGCUGAUUGCGGCGUACGUCAUCAUCGCUUUGGGCGCAUUUUUCUAUCCUUCGCGAGAUAACCAGAGCGCCGUCGGUUCGGUGGGUGGCUCUGGAUAG